UGUAAAUAUCCAUCCUGAAAGAUUUAUGGCAUACAUGAAAAAUGGGAAGACAACAGUUCGUCAUGUACGUGGGAUUGUGGUUGGAUGUGAAGGAGCAGGGAAAACGACACUUCUAUACAGACUGAUGGGGAAAAGUCUCAAUGAAAUCAAAGAAAUAAAAUCAACCAGAGGACUCCAUUUCUACGAACACAUCUUUUCUGUGAAAAACGGAGAUUUAUCAGCUACGGACGAUGAGUUCUUAAGGAAACCAUUGAUCAGAAUUCCAGCAUCUGAGAUUCAACAGAUGGGAUCAGACCCCAAUGAUGACUCAGUGAAUAUUGAAAUGGGGAUAGAAACUGAAAACAGUUCUAGCUUGGAAAACAAUAAGGUUGAUCAGAGUACUGGAAAAGAAUUAAAUGCAAGGCAGAAUACUGAACCGGGUUCACAGAAAAAUGAAACAGAUGAUCAACAGCCUACAGAAAAUAAAAGAAGAAAAAUGCAUGCCGGAGAAAAUGACGGUAUUGAUCAACAAUUAGCAAGGGAUGUUUUGAAAAAAAUAUUGGAUGACAAGGAAAAUGAAAUAAGUGUCACCAUGAUUGACUUUGCUGGACAAUUUGCUUAUUAUGCUUGUCAUCAGAUUUACAUGAGAUCAGAAGCAUUCUAUGUUCUAGUGUUAGAUAUGAGUAAAGAUUUCGAAAACUUCGUUUGUAGUGACAGAGAUGAAUGUCAGGGCUCCAUCUUCUCUACGUGGACAUACAAAGAUUAUCUUGACUUCUGGCUUGACUCCAUAAAGUCGUUUAGUGGACCUUCUGCACAAGUUCUUGCGGUGGCUACGCAUACAGAAGGCAAGACGGGAGAGGAAAAAGACUCUUUUUGGGAGACUCUUUGGACAUUAGUACCAGAGGAUGAUAAGACCAGGCUUUAUGACAGGGACUUUGCAUUAGGACUAAUAGAGAUGAAUGAGGAAGCGAAGCAUGUUCUGCACAGUUUAAAAAAAUCAAUUUCUGAAGUAGUAUCACAAGGCAUGGAUACGAAAUUAGAAGUUCCAUCAGCCUGGGCACUUCUUGAACAUCUCUUACAAACAAAGGAAAAGCCUAUCUUGUCAAUUAGUGACAUCAACAAAGAGAAUAAGAAACUUUCAGAAGAAUAUCAAUUGAAAAGUCAAGAAGAAAUAUUUGAUUUUCUGUCUUUUUUCCAUGGACAUGGAUUGUUACUCUUUUUUAAGGAGGAGGGACUGAGAACCCACGCAGUUCUAGGCAUACAGUGGUUUUCUAACGCAUUCAGUAAGCUUAUUGCUGACAAGGAACACAUCAACAGGGACUGCAAACGAAGAUAUAUAGAAGAUUGGAACCAUUUCAAUGCGACGGGACAUCUGAGCAAUCCACUGUUAGAUUCUCUGUGGAAAGAAGAAUCGUCAUAUAUAGAACAUAAGACAAUACUUAUGUCAUACAUGGAGAGAUUACGGAUGUUAGUCAGCAUUGAAGGAGAAUCCUCCUGGUAUGUCCCCUGCAUGAAUAAAAAGCCUUUCACACACGGUCUCUUAAAACAGACACUAGAGAAAUCGUCCAUUCUGUGUUUUCGAUUUACUUCCUUUGCCAUGUUUGUCUUCUACAGGCUUAUUGCAUAUUGCAUGAGUUUCCUGAAGUGGAAAGUUCAGCUCGAUGGGUACAAAAGUCAAUGUCUGUAUCACACAGCGGCGAUUUUCGAAACCGAAAAUCACACAGUUACCGUUGGUAUAAUAAAUAACGAUAUCCAGGUGCAGGUAUUGCGGAUUAAUGAUCUACAGCUCAAGGUUUCCUGCAAAAUUGGAAAAUCCAUUCAAACUGCCUUAACAGAAUUGACAGCAACAUUUAAUGAGAAGAAAACCUUUCAAAAAGGUUACAAAUGCCUUAAUCUUUUCUGCUGUGAAAAGGAUCUAACUUUUAUUCCUGAGAAUGAACUUUCUGGAAGUCAAUGCAAUUGUCCUAUUGGGAAAGGAAAACACAAGAUAGAUGUUCAAUGGACUUUGGGAUUUUGGGAAGAUAGAAAUUCCAGUUGUCCCACAGUGCCAGUAGCUCCCAGACCAAACUUAGAUGGCCGAUCAAGAUUUGCUAAACUUGGAAUGGCAACAAACGAUGUGUUGAAUCAGGCAUAUAAAGACAUCAUCGAGUUAGAAAUCCUUCCUACUGUUUGUUAUAUAAAGGUUCAAUCACUUCCAACUAAAUUACAGCUGUACCCAGAGCAAGAACGUCUCUUGCAAGACGCCCAACAUACUGGGUAUAAGAAUUUUGAUAUUUCCUUAUCAUAUAAGAUAAUCAGAAACGUUUGCUCAAAGAUCCCUAAACCAACAAAAGGCAGAUGGGGACAAAACAAGAUGCCUGCACCGGGAGAGACUACAGUGGGUGAUGAUAUCGAGAGAAUUCGGUUAAUGCGAAACAGUUUAACGGGACACGUGAGCUCAGCGUCCACUUCUCAGACAGAAUUCGAUGACACGUGGUCUUUAAUGGCCGGUAUUUGCCAAAGAUUAGAAACCUUCACGAAGAAGAAGUACAUGGAUAAUUUAAUUUACAUUGAAAAUCUCAUCUUAAAAGAGAAGGAUGAAGAUGAUAUCAUAGAAAGGCUUAAAAAGGAACAUGACCGUGAAUUGUUGGAGAAAAUCAAUGCGGGUGUGCAAGAACUUACGACAAUUUGGAAGCCUGAAAGCAGAGAUUCUGCAGAUUACGAUUAUUAUUCGUGAUUAUUUUGAAUGAAGCCUGUACUCAUAUUCAAUUGUCAAAGCUCGAUAUUUGCCGUAUUCAUUAAAAGUGACCGAUCAACAACACAAGUGAU